AUGACUACUAUGGAUCUUCGCGUUGGUAAUAAAUACCGCAUCGGUCGUAAGAUUGGUAGUGGCAGUUUCGGUGACAUCUACCUCGGCACAAACAUCAUCUCAGGAGAGGAGAUUGCCAUAAAGCUGGAGAGCGUCAAGGCCAAGCACCCCCAACUCGAAUAUGAGGCCCGCGUCUACAAGUCCCUCGCUGGAGGCGUCGGUAUCCCUUUUGUCCGCUGGUUCGGUACCGAAUGUGACUACAAUGCCAUGGUUCUAGAUCUCCUAGGACCCAGCUUGGAGGAUCUUUUCAAUUUCUGCAACCGAAAGUUCUCCCUGAAGACCGUCCUUCUCCUUGCCGACCAGCUCAUCUCCCGCAUCGAGUACAUCCAUGCCAAGUCCUUCAUCCAUCGUGAUAUCAAACCGGACAACUUCCUCAUGGGUAUUGGCAAGCGUGGUAACCAGGUCAACGUGAUCGAUUUCGGUCUAGCCAAGAAGUACCGUGACCCCAAGACCCACUUCCAUAUCCCAUACAGGGAGAACAAGAACUUGACAGGUACCGCUCGGUAUGCCUCCAUCAAUACCCAUUUGGGUGUCGAGCAAUCCCGUCGUGAUGACAUGGAAUCCCUCGGAUAUGUUAUGCUCUACUUCUGCCGUGGAUCACUCCCCUGGCAAGGUCUCAAGGCUGCUACCAAGAAGCAGAAGUAUGACCGAAUCAUGGAGAAGAAGAUGACUACACCGACCGAGGUCCUUUGCCGUGGCUUCCCUAACGAAUUUGCCAUCUACCUCAACUACACCAGGUCCCUUCGCUUCGACGACAAGCCGGACUACUCUUACCUCCGAAAGAUCUUCCGUGACCUCUUCGUCCGUGAGGGUUUCCAAUAUGACUAUGUCUUUGACUGGACCGUGUACAAGUACCAGAAGAAUGCCCAGGCCAUUGCCCAAGCUGCCGGUCAACAACCCACCCAGGAUGAUGAUGAGAAGCCACGUACUCGUACUAACGCUGCCACAGCCGGUGGACCGACCCCCCAGCACGCGUCCAGUGCCUCCAAGCCAGGUGCGAUCUCCGGAUCCCGCCGCAAGGUGAUCGAACGUGGAGCCAGUGGUGCCGGUGUUGAUACGCCCGAAACCAACCGAGCCGUUGGCGGUAGUGAUAGGAUGCUGCGCUCUGCUUCGAAAGGUGCAGCAACCCCAGGAUAUUCUUAUCGGCCGAAGCGGGAGGAACAAAGUGGACAGCAAUGGUAUUGA